CAGUGGUUGUAGCAACAGAGUGGUAGCAACAGUGGUGGUAGCAACAGAGUAGUAGCAACAGUGGUGGUAGCAACAGUGGUGGCAGCAACAGUGGUGGUAGCAACAGUGAUGGCACCAAGUGAUAGUAGCAAGAGUCAUGGUAGCAACAGUGAUGGCAGCAACAGUGGUAGCAGCAACAGAGGUAGCAGCACUACCAUCAACAGAGCUUGUAUUACUGGACUGUUCCUUCACAGAUGGCGGCGGUGACGGCGACGGCGGGGCAGGUGGUGGCGGAGCAGGUGGUGGCGGGGCAGGUGGUAUCAACGGUAGUCGCGAGGUACACAAGAACGGUUGGCUCAAGAGGAUGCCUAACCAAGAACGACGACUCUCUGUCAUGACUCCUUUUGCUAAGGCGUCCAGAGCAGAGAAAGUGUGGGUAUCCUUCUGUGUUCACCAUGAGAGUGAAGGAUGGCUGGAGUUCUAUGAGAACAGACGUUCAGCUUUCAGUCAUAACCCCAUGUACAGAACAUCACUGAACAGAUGCUUGCACGUCUCACCAGCCAUACGUGUUCACCAGGACAAUGAACACGUGUUCGCUAUAACCAUGGAGACAGAGGUUAUCAAACUUGGUGCACAGAACAGAGAACAGAUGCUGGAGUGGAUAGAUGCCCUCAGGACCCGCCUGAGAGAAUUAGGUGUUCUGACACCUAAGGACAAUCUAUACAGCAGGGAACCUGAGUCUCUGAGGUCGCCCCUACUGAGGAAUCCUAAUUCCCCUCUCCCACCGACACCUACUGCCUUCCACUUCCCUCCACAUGCGCUGGAAUUCAGAGAGGAUGCCAGCAGUCUACACUCGAUGCGUGUUGGUCUGAGUCCGGCUGGGUCUAUGACCCUCUCUACAGCCUCUGGUCUCUCAGCCAUGUCGGCCUUGUCUUCCAUGCAAAGCCUCAACUCAGUGUCAUCAGGUUCUGACCCUAACACCUCACCUUCCUCUGUCGUCACCUACGUCAGGCACCACCAUGACCCUUCUCUAAACAGGAGGUCAUCGUUCAGAGCGUCGCUUCCUAGUUCACCCACUACACCCUCCACUACUGCUGCCUCCCUCACCUUCCUCAGGUCUCCUCCAGGUCCACAGGUGUCACCCGCAGCAGCAGCAGCAGUGAGAGAGCAUGUCACUGUCAUCAACGUACCAUCAACUACUUCAGUGUUCAGCUUCGACAGUGUCGGUGCGGCACUAGAGUCCAGUGGUGCCAUGGCCAACUCUGAGCUUUACGGUGCUGUCUACCCCACCGACCCAACCCUUGCUGGCUCCACCGAUGCCCUCGACAUGGUUGGGGACCCGACUUACUCCCUUGCUGACCCUAAUGCUGUACACCUCAGGGUGGGUAAUUCUCUAGGGGCAGCAGGGCGGCCCCCGCUCCCCCCAGGCCAGCGGGCCAGUGGGUACGGUGGACUGUGUGGCACUCCUGGCAUCAGUGCUUAUGGCAGUUCUGCAAGUGCCUCUGGUCUUGCUAGUGGUGCUUAUGGUGGUGCUGCAAGUCCCUCUGGCAUCGCUGGUGGUGCUGCAAGUGCCUCUGGCAUCGCUAGUAGUGCUUAUGGUGGUGCAACAGGUGGAUCCAGUAUGGCUCCCUCUGGCGGUGCUUACAGUGGUGCUGCCGCUGCCGGCAGUGGUGGAAGCUGGAGCAACGUGAACCUGGAUGAGGGUUCAUAUGAAGCACUCUUCCUGGCCAGUAGUAUGCCGCCCAUGUUGCCACCCACCUCACCGCCCACACUGCCACAGGCACCACAGACUGGACUACUCCGGCGUCGCUCUGAACAGCGACGCUCAGGACGACGUGACCACGGACGUCGCGCAGCUUCUGUAGGUCCCUCCAUCACUCCCAAACAGCCACAACAACCACAACAACAACAACCACAACAACAACCACAACAGCAACAACAACAACAACAGCAACAGCAGCAGCAGCAGCAGCAGUUCCAGGUGGGGCAGGAUGGCAGGUUAAUGAGUCUGAGAGAACAACAGGUGGUGAGGCUACAGAGAGAGAUAUCUCACCAGGCUGGUGUUAGACUCACUCUAAGAAAGAAAGACUGCUCUAAUUCUGUGGCUUUUGUUAAUAUAUGUAACCAGGUUUAUGUGGCCGGCUGGAAGCAACGUGAACACCCCUACCUUCACAACACCUUCCACAUAGGUGAUAGGUUGCUCAGUGUGUCUGGUGUACCUAUCACCACAGCUGCUGACGUACACACCAUCAUCAAAAACGAGUCUACGCCUAUGGUUGAGUUCAUAAUAAGAAGAGUUCCUUAUGGCAAGGUGUUCGCUCUUAAGAGACAAACAGAGGGACAGACUCUUGGUUUAUUACGAGAGGGCAAUACUGCUGAGAUAAGAGAGAUAGUGGCAGGUGGCCUGGCAGCACAACACGGGGUACCCACCCGGGCACACACCAUGGAUGGUCUCUCUCUCUGCCCCUGGGUACUGACUGAGAUCAACCACAGACCGCUCAACCUCUUCUUCAAGCAUCUGGAGAUUGCUGAUCGUCUCAACGCUGUGGGCAGAGACAUAUCCAUCCUCAUCCAGCCAAUGGACCUAGUCAAGGCUCUCAAGAAAGGCCUAAAGGCUAUUAAAGGCUAUAAAGACUAUAUUGUUAUGUGAAGAGGCUUAAGAGACAGUCAUAUAACCUGGAACUUAGUACAGCACAUCAGAGCAUAUCAAAACACGUCAGCGCACGUUAUAGGACACAUCAGUGCUUCAACCACACCAUAAGACUCAUUUCUACUAGAGAUGUAUCGGAUGUGAAAAUUCAGAUAUCCGCGGAUGCGGAUGUGUACGAGGAUGUCUUACUUAUUUUGCGGAUGUGGAUGCAAGAAAUCGUGCAGAUGUUCCGUGGAUGUUGAUGCGGAUACGAGAAAUUGUGCAAAUAUUCCGCGGAUUCAGAUGCGGAUGCAUAUGCGGAUAUCUGUUUACAGUAAAAUGCGGAUGCAGAUGUGGAUGUAAGAAAUUGUGCGGAUGUUCUGUGGAUGCAGAUAUCCGAUACAUCACUAAUUUCUACCAUCGUUGAGACCUAAUGGUAUAAGCUUUCAAAUUUUUAUACCCCCCCUCCCUCCCCAACUUUAAUUCCACAUACUGAAUGUUCAAAAUUUUGUAGGCCUAUUGACCUCUAAAUUUUGGAAGGACUAUUAAAAUUUGUAGGUGUUAGGCCUAUGACUGUUAAUGUUAGGACUUGAGUUCAGGAAACAGUGUUAUUAAGGUCAACUUUCAGAAAGUGACCUUGUUGAACAUGAGCUCAGGAAAGUGCUGUAAUUAAGGUCAACUCGGUAAGUGACCUUAUUUAAGUGGUUGAGUGCCUUGGGGCAGAAGGUAAAGUUGUUAGCUUUGAUCUGAGGACCAGGAGGGCACCUCCAGUGCCUUGGAUCAAGAGCCAAUCAUAAAUGGUGACAAAAAAACAGAGGCUAAUUAUAUUAUUUUAUUAUUGUUAAGAGACUAGUGACCAACCCCCCAUGAGUUGAGCUAUAGCUUUUGGACCACUGCUGCUAGUGUUGGGAUAUAGCUCCUGGACCACUGCUGCUAGUGUUGGGUUAUAGUUCCUGGACCACUGCUGCUAGUGUUGGGUUAUAGUUCCAGGACCACUGCUGCUAGUGCUGGGUUAUAGCUCCUGGACCACUGCUGCUAGUGCUGGGUUAUAGCUCCUGGACCACUGCUGCUAGUGUUGGGUUAUAGCUCCUGGACCACUGCUGUUAG